CUGUCGUAUCGCGCCGAGCAGGAAGACAACAUUAAGUUGACAAUGGCAGAAGUAGCUCCAGCUCCCGCCGCCGCCGCCGCCGCCCCGGCUAAAGCAGCCAAGAAGAAGGUUUCCAAACCGAAGAAGGCCGGCCCCAGCGUCAGCGAGCUCAUCCUGAAAACUGUGGCCGCAUCCAAGGAGCGCAGCGGCGUGUCUGCGGCCGCCCUCAAGAAGGCUCUGGCUGCCGGAGGCUACGAUGUGGAGAAGAACAAGGCCCGCGUCAAGACCGCCAUCAAGGGCCUGGUGGCCAAAGGGACUCUGGUCCAGACCAAGGGGACCGGGGCCUCCGGAUCCUUCAAGAUGAGCAAGAAGACGGCCGAGCCCGCAGCCAAGAAGAAGAAGCCGGCAGCAGCAGCAGUAGUCAAGAAAGCCUCCGCUCCUAAAGCCAAGAAGCCCGCAGCAGCAGCAGGAGCAGGAGCCAAGAAAGGCAAAGCAGCAGCGGCCAAAAAGCCCAAAGCAGCGGCCGCCAAGAAGCCCGCAGCCGCUAAGAAGUCCCCGAAGAAGGCCAAGAAACCCGCGGCGGCGGCGGCAGCCAAGAAAGCCGUGGCCAAGAGCCCCAAGAAGGCCACCAAGAGCCCCAAGAAGGUGGUGAAGAAAGCUCCUGCAGCCAAGAAAGCCCCCGCAAAGAAGGCUGCAAAGCCCAAAGCCAAGAAGGCAGCACCCAAGAAGAAGUGAGCUGUCAGCAGUCUGAUUGUGUCCGACUAAAGGCUCUUUUAAGAGCCACCCACACUCCCCUUAAAGAGCAAGGUCCUGGUUAUUAUUGUUACUGUUGUUAUUAUCUCCAGAUGUUAGGAGGUUUUCUAUUAUUGUUACAAUGUAACCUGAUCUGAGGCUGUCUGUCAACACUGAUGAAGACAUAUAAAAGGUAAAAUGUAUCGUAAUGUAUUAUAGAAAACAAAUAUCUGAGGAGAGCCAGUCAGCUAAUUUAUAUUUUUCACUCUUUUAUAUUUGAGGAUUUUUCUUGUAUAGUGAUUGUAUGAAACAAAAUAUUAGAGCUGUUGUGUCUUGGAGUUGUUAUGUAACAACAAAGAAAUGUCCAAUGAUGAACUACAAUGAUGAUGAGACACAACAGCAUCUUUUAAAGGAUUGUUACAGAGCUCAGGAAGUCAGCCACAGAUUGAAAGAGUUUGGACUAAACUAUGAUCCCUGUUGGAAGUCUGUGAUGUUUGUAACCAUUAACAGAAACAAAAACCAUCUGACCACAUUGAACUAUUACAGCUUAUAAUGAGCAUUGCUUGUUUUAAACUGUGGAAAACAACAUCUGCUAUGAUCAUAUACCAGACUAUUAUAGACAGUAAGACUGUAACUAAACAAAUAUCUACUCAACUCUGGAGAAGGAAACCCCUGGACAAAAGUCAGAGCCUCCCAUGGAACAAUCUGGAUUUAUAAUACAGAACUUUAUAGACAUUAAAACUCCCUCAGACUCUCUGAAUGUACGCACUUUAUAAAUGUUCACUGAUGCAUUUUAGGGUUAAAAUGUUUAUGUAGCCUAAUAUGUGUAAUGAGUCAAAUUUAAUAAAGUUGAUAAACAAGAAAA